AUGGGUGCCGGCUACACCUUACUCUGGAGCGGUCGCCCUAGGGCAGAGCGACGAGACGCGGGCGUCGCCUUCGACAUCCGGAAGGACAUCGUGGGACGACUGCCUCGUCUGCCACAUGGCAUCAGCGAUCGCCUGAUGAGCCACCGUCUGCCUCUCCGCAAAACGAAAUUCGUCACCAUCAUCAGCGCCUACGCUCCGCCGGUGACCAACCCUGACGCCGCAAGGGACAAGUUUUACGAGGACCCGCACGCACGCCUGGGGACUGUGUCAAAGGCGAACAGGUUGAUUGGCCUUAAUGACUUGGUUUCAGUUCGCGUCUCCUUGCCCUCCUCCUCUGUCACGCUGCAUUUCUGUCCGCCUCACACUCCCUGUCAAGUCGCUGCUGAGACGCGCGUGGAUUGUCACUAGCCUCGCGAGUGCUCCCGGCUGGCGGACGCGGAGAAAACGAAACGCGCAAACACGCCCUGGGUCUCAGAACCUCGAAGGCGGACACCGACAACAACUGGCCUGGAGAGCGCGCUCGUGGCGACUGCCCACAGAGCCUUUGUGUACGCACUUCCUCUACAGUAAAGGUUGUCCGACUCACUCCGUCCUCCCGGACUUUUGAUUGGGAAUCUUUGUCUCGUCGACUACACUACUUCUGACAAUUGGUGACUCCCUUGCGAACAGCCGUCUUCCUUCUUCCGAAUCUACGAUAAAGUCAGGCGUUUAUCAUGGACAAUUUUCCACCGGAAGUGUAGCAUAUUUUAACACCCGUCUUCGGCGUUUUUUCGGCCGCGCAACUUACUCAGAUGGCCGAUCGGCUUAUGGAGAUGCACGGUUUUUAUAAACCAUUUAUUUCAGCACUGUCAACUUCCCCAAUUCCUCCAGCGCCUCCCAUUUCGCAGUUUGAGAUCGAACUCAGCAAGCCCGCCGAUGAUAUAACUUCUCUCCAGAAGUAGUCAGUCUCUCACUCAUCUCGGAGCAAAACCGAAGCCGUCCACCCUGCUUGUCCAGUCUUCACAUUCAGCACGUUCAAACGCAGCUGCCAUCUGCUGGUACCACACCACAUUUGGGGUUCAAACCCGUCACUGCAUCUCUCCCUGCUCCUUCACCUUCAAGCAGAGCAAACGGGAAGUUCAUUGCAGCCAAUCUUCCCGACAGCUCUAACCAUGGUCGCACAUUUACGUCCACGACACCCGGAGUGGCAGACGUUUCUUGGUUGACACUGGUGCCCAGCUAAGUGUCAUUCCACCCACACCAGCUGAUCGUCGGUGCCCCAAUCGCAGUCCUUUCCUACAGGCCGUAAACACCUCGCCAAUCGCUACCUUUGGCACCUGCUCCCUCUCUCUGGACAUCGGUCUUCGAUGUCUUUUCCCCUGGGGACUUCGUCGUCGCUGAGAUCCCCUGUGCCAUUCUCGGUGCAGAUUUCCUCGGCGCUUUCGAUCUUCCGGUCGACUGCCGUCUGUCACGUCUACACGACAAACCACCAACCUCAAUGUCCGGGGUAUCUUUUCCUCCGACGUUUCUCGUCAACUCGCUGUCUUGGACCCUGAAGCCGAGAAUCCAUUUCGGCAACUCCUCACCAAAUACCCCGGCCUCACUCGUCCCAACUUCAACGCUUCUAUUCCACCACACGAUGUUGUUCACCAUAUUCGGACCACUGGCCCUCCCGUGUUUUCUCGACUCUGCCGUCUCGCGCCUGCACGUCUUGCUGCCGCCAAGGCGGAGUUCGAACACAUGCUUCAGAUGGGCGUCAUCCGUCAAUCUGAAAGCCCAUGGGCCUCACCCCUCCACAUGAUCCCAAAGGUCGCCACUGGUGACUGGCCCCACUGCGGUGAUAACACGGACCUGAACAACAUUACUGUCCCGGACAGCUACCCUGUCCCACAUCUUCAGGAUUUUGCCGGUGUCCCAUUCAGCAAGUCUGUAUUUUCGAAGAUCGAUUUGGUCCGUGCUUUCCAUCAAAUUCCCAUCGCCCUAGAGGAUCUUUCGAAGACGGCCGUCAUCACCCCCUUUGGCCUCUUUGAGUUCCUACGCAUGCCGUCUUGA